GAGAGAGGAGGGAUUUACACAGAGAGAAGUUUGACACGAAUGCACAACGGCAGACUGUGUUGGGAAUAUAAUACACAAGCGUGCGGGCCAGUGCGGGAUAAGUGAGGCUGGGUUUGGCACGGCUUGACUUUGAAGUUUUUUUUUUUAUUUUUUUUUGGGAGGAUAAUCAUUAAAGCUCCGGAGCUGAUCAUUUCCCUCCACCACUGCAUUAUCAGCAGCAGCAGCAGCAAGCAGCAGCAGCUCAUGCAUGCAUGCACCCCGCCUGCACGGACGGAGUUAGAGCUCCACUUACAGCGGGUCAGCCUGCACGGUGCACGCCGGGGCAGGGAGCCUCUCUGGCUGGGAACUCCAGCGCGGAGAGUCGGUGACACACACGGAGCUUUUUUUUUUUCCUCUCUCUCUCUUCUCCUGCUCCUCUCUUUCUAUAGUUCAACCCAGGACUCCUGCAUUUUUUAACCUGAUUUAAGGUUCUUUUUUCAUUUCUCGUCCUUUGACACUUAGUUUGGAGGUUUGUUUGGCUCGCUUUUUUUGGGGAACUUGGUGUCGUCGUGGAAGGAUUUUAACUAUCGGAAUAAUCAAUACAAUAUAUAACAACCCCUUCCUCUCGUCCCGUGUGAGGAGUAUAUGUGGCUGAUAAAGAAGUAGCACCACCACCAUGCCCGUCAGAAAGAAAGACGCUCAGCGGGCCCUGCUGCUCCUCGAGGAGUACCGGGCCAAACUGAACCAGGCGGAGGACCGGACGCUCCGACACUCCAUCCAGAGGGUCAUCGACAUCUUCCAGAGCAACCUCUUCCAGGCUCUCAUAGAUAUCCAGGAAUUUUACGAAGUGACCUUAUUGGACAGUCAGAGAUGGGUGGAGUCGUCCAAGGCGGCGGACCCCAUGACCCCCGUCAACCUGUGGGACUUCUCCAGCCUUCAAAGCACAACGGUGACCUCGGACACUCUGCCCAGCCUUAGCACCAGCAUCGAGAAGUACCGGCACCACGAUGAGGACUCGUCUCCCCAGGAUCAGAGCUCCCCCCAGCUGACGGAGGAGGGGGGGGGAGCCGAGCUGGUCCAGGUCGCUGAGAAGAACCUCUCCCAGAUCGAGAACGUGCACGGAUACGUCACCCACGCUCACAUCUCGCCCAUGAAGGUAGCGUCUCUGGAGUGCAUCUUUGACGGUUCUUCAGCGUUAGGACACCCGGAGCUCCCCUCCCCUACGCCCUCCACCCUCUACCCUCACAGCGAGGACAGCCCCCUCCCCUCCUGCUCCUCCAACCCCUACCCCCCAAUCCAGCCAGCACCACCUCCGCCACCCCGCAGCCUGCAGCAGGAGCGAGAGGAGGCGCAAAGGAGGCAACACACCGCCUCCACCUUCACCACAGCAGCAGCAGCAGCAGCAACAAGCAGCAGCAUGCUCAACUCUGUGUGGUACGCCAAAAAGAUGGGCCGCCGCAUCAUGGGCACCCUGAGGAGAACCAAGCGGCUCCACCGGCGCCUACUGGGUCGCAGCGCUCGCCCGUCACACCUGUGCAGGGUUCAGUGUUUUUGGAAGCGUGUGUGUGUGGAUGUGAAGAGAUUUACCUGCAUAAACAAGCAGCAGCAGCAGCAGCUUCAUGUUCUGGGCAGAUGUGAGGAACCCCUGCAGUAG